AUGUACGGCGACAAAUUCAUUCUAAUCCCAAAGUACUUUUUAAUCCUCAGCGGAUUUUGGCCCUUUAAAAUAACCGAAAACAAAUCGCUUGAAAAACUUUACAAAAUCUACUCCAAAUGCCAAACUUACGCCUACAUUUUAUUCAUCGUAUCAUUAUUAAUCAAUUUAAUUGUUUUAAUUGUAGAGCACAAUCAACCAACCAGAUUAAUUGGAAGCAUUAACAUCCUUAUAAUUGUUGGUGAAACUUGUAUCAAACUUGUAUUAUUUCAAGUCAAAAAAAUCCCAAACAUGUUCUUGCACAUCCUCCAAAACGAAUACAACCUAAAUAACUCAAACGACCCCGAAGUAAAAACAUGCUACAACAAACAAAUCUCUUAUUGCAGAAAAGUGAAUCUUUGUCAAUUCCUCGUCACUCUCACAUCUUGCACCUUUUUUACUUUAGUUUCCCUCCUCCAAGUCAUAGCCUCAGAAGACAUGUCUGAGUUCAAAGACCAACCGUUUAUGCACGACAUAUGGUAUCCGUUCAAACGCGAAAAAAACAUGAUUUGGGUUGUCGGUUUGAACUUGUUUGCGGUAACUCAAGGGUUGUUUUUCAAUACGGCAACUCAAACAACGUUUAUUGGUUUGAUGAUCUACGCCACAGCUAGAUUGGAGAUUUUAGGGAUCAGAUUGAGGAAGUUCGAUUGGAUUGCGAAGGAGAUGAAUGAUGGGGAUGUUUUGAGGACGGUUAAAGAGUUGGUGGUUGAACAUCAGAAGUUGAUUGAGUAA